AUCGUAAAUCUAAUGCACGUAUAUCGAUAUACACGUAUUUCCUCUCAACCAGUGACCGCACCCAAUUCUCACUGCAGCAUUUUUACUUUUUCUGUAGUAGUCCUAAACUCCUGAUGUCCGCUUCUCCCUCUGGUUUCCGGGUAUCGAAAUUCGGAUCCUGCUUGAGCCGGCGGUUAUAGGCGGCCUUUAUCGCUUGAGUUUUCCGAAUCUAUUUAGGGGAGUCAGAUGGCCGCAGCUCAAUCUCUGUGUAAUAAUUCAGGUGGCUCCAAUUUUCGCUCUGGCCCACAAACCUCCUUCUUGUGAUGGAGACAUUCGUAGUAAUCAUCUCUCUGCGGAACACAUUUCCAUUUGCCUUCAUCGCUCGUCGUGGUCCCAGUGUUCACCACAUAGCAGGACAACAGGUCCUGCCAAAAAGGAAAACACUUGAGCAUAAUAUCAGCGCGAGAUCCAAGGCUGUACGGAGGGGGAGGGACAGGCAUACCCUACUAACACCUAUAAUCGACAGCGACAAUUAGCCUCUAAUCGUCACAAUGUGGGGUGGAACCACUGAUGAUCCCUUCCCUAGCGCAAGUAUCAACCUACCACCAUCGAGGCCAUACCCAGAAGCCAUAGUGGAACAGGAUUCGCGAUGAAGGAAGUGGCUCUUCAAAGUGGAGAAGAAGACUUCUUGAUGUCUGGAUGGAUUGAUCGGUCGGGUUAAACUGAUGAUGAUGUGGGGGAGUGAAGUUGGCUUGACGCUCUAGCCGAGCUGCAGGUUCUAAGCUUGGCGCUUCCUCCCGCCGUGGCGUCACAGGUCAUGCUUAACAUCGCAUCAGCCUUUCCCCAGCCUCUCUCGCUUUUGAUAAAGUCAACACCCUGACCGACCGCUACUAACUUCUCUCCUCCUCAACCACCACCCAAGCCACCUCUUCUCGCCCUUUUUUUUCUUUCUAUUUUGCUUCCUCCAACUCUCAUCCCCUCGCCUUCCAGAUAGGGUAACCUUAAAACGACCGAGACGAUCAUGAAGCUUUCUACCCUUCCUCUCGUAUCGUUGCUCGCGGUAUCCGUGUCCGCGGGCAGCCUAUUCCAACAGCUCGCUGGGAACCAAAUUUCGCCGGCGGGCGAGUCCAGCUCGAUUCCUGGAGAUAAUCCUCUGAGAUACUGCGAUGAGGACCAUUCCCAUGAUGUCCUUACCAUCGAGAAGGUCGACUUGGUCCCCAAUCCGCCCCUCCCGUAUGCUAUGCCUUUGCUUCCUCCUCCCCUAUCUCCCCCCCGGCGUCUAUCUGGUUGCUGACAAAAAAAAACUCAUAUCUAGUGGUCAACCACUUACUAUUAAGGCCGUUGGCGUGCUCAAAGACGUCGUUGAAAAGGGUGCCUACGUAGUGGUUUCUGUCAAAUAUGGCCUCAUUACAUUGGUCAAGGAGACACUGGAUCUCUGUGACCAUGUCAAUGAAGUCGACCUCGAGUGUCCGAUUGACCGGGGGAGGCUAAUACUAACCAAGGUGGUUGAUAUCCCCAAACAAAUUCCUCCCGUAAGUUUCUCCCUCCCAGACUUUACAAUGUACGCCCACUCUUACCGAUUCCCUCGCUAACAAUAAACAUCUUACUAGGGAAAAUACACUGUCAGAGCCGAUGCAGGUCUCGAAGAUAAUACGCCCCUGACCUGCCUGACUGGAACCAUCAUAUUUUCCCGUUAAAUUUCCACCUCUCUUACCCCGUUAUGAACAAUAAAUUCAAUAAAUGCCCAUUACGGAUGACCACACAAUCACCAAAGGAGGACGGGUUGGAUAAGGGACGGGUUCUCACGCCGAAUCUCAAUCAACAAGUUUUUUCUUAACAAUGCGGACAAAGGAUUAAUUUUGGGGAGGUUCUUGCUGUCUUGUUUCAUGCUAUGCUGUUCCGGCCGCUUCGCACUUUACCUCUGCCUGUCUGUUUUGUCUCGUGCUUUCUGCUCGCCUGUCUGUUUGUUUCUUUUUUGAUUAAAGCCUUGACGUUGUAGUCGUGCUCGUAAAUUCAAAUUGCUUCUACAAAACGGUGCAUCAAGACACCUACCAAUGUGUCCAUUUUGUUCCCCCCCCUUCCUUCUCUAUCAUGAACGAUUCCGAAAAGCGCCCUUUUCUGUGCACGAUGAGCCGGGUUAAAUUGGCCACGCCUGGUGAGGAGAAGAAGAUUACUACUUGUAUUCGUACUCGUACUGUCGAUUACCGGUGCCUGUACGGUACUCGUACAGUAAGCUACGGUAAUGCAAGAACGAUAACA